GUAAUGGCACGCGAGCUGGGCCAAACUUCUUCCGCUUUCCCUCGGCGAAGCUCUCCAGAGUCCUCGCUGAAGCCGCGGCGCAUGCGCACGAUAAAUGCGCCUGCAAGCGGCGUCGCCGCUGGAGAUGCAGCGGCUGACCAGGUUCCUGCCCUGUUGGCGGCGACCUCCGGCGGCGGGGGUCCCCGCGAAGAACGUCGGCUUCAGGAAGGUGGCCUCCGGCGUCUCUUCCCUGGGCAGCGCCUCGCCCAGAUCCCUAAACAUAUUCGAUCGGGAUUUGAAGAGGAAACAGAAGAACUGGGCGGCCCGGCAGCCUGAGCGGAUAAAGUUUGACUACCUGAAGGAGGAGGUUGGAAGUCGGAUUGCAGACCGUGUAUAUGACAUAGCCAGAGAUUUCCCCCUUGCUUUGGAUGUCGGUUGUGGAAGAGGUUACAUAGCACAACAUUUGAAUAAGGAAACUGUUGGAAAGUUUUUCCAAACAGACAUUGCAGAAAAUGCUUUGAAAAAUGCCUUAGAAAUGGAAAUUCCUACUGUCAGUGUUUUAGCUGAUGAAGAAUUUCUUCCCUUCAGAGAAAAUACAUUUGAUCUGGUGGUUAGCAGUUUAAGUUUGCACUGGGUGAAUGACCUUCCUAGAGCACUUGAACAGAUUCGUUAUGUUUUAAAACCAGAUGGAGUGCUUAUUGGUGCAGUGUUUGGAGGUGACACUCUCUAUGAACUUCGGUGUUCAUUACAGUUAGCGGAAACAGAAAGGGAAGGAGGAUUUUCUCCACACGUCUCUCCUUUCACUGCUGUCAAUGACCUAGGACAUCUGCUCGGGAGAGCCGGCUUUAAUACGCUUACUGUGGGAUGGGUGAGAGUAACUGUGCUUGGAAUAGAAAAGCCCUCCUGCACCGAGACACGAUGCUGGCGGCUGCAGCAGUGUACAGAGGGCACCAUCAGAUUUCUUGUCCUUCCUUUCAAAACGCAGAUCCUGUGGCUACGUAUCCUUUUUCCCAGCAGCCCUUACUAUUUCCUUACUGUCAGCUUCUCGGUGUGGAGGAUUUUUCACAAGAGGCAUUCUCAGAAUCCCAUGAAAAUGUACGGAAAUGAGGAUGGUUCUGUACCUGCCACCUAUCAAAUCUAUUACAUGAUAGGAUGGAAAUAUCAUGAUUCACAGGCGAGACCAGCUAAAAGAGGUUCAGCAACUGUGUCAUUUGGAGAGCUAGGAAAAAUAAAUGAUCUUAUGUCACGGGGGAAAAAAUCACAAUAAAUAUUUUAUUCAAUGUUAACAUAGUCCAGACUUUUCAUCAGUGAUGGGUAACUUUCAUGUCUAAAAUUAUUGCAUUUUGAAACUAGAAGCAAUAUAUAAGCUAUUUACUGUCAGACUUUUCUAAUAAUUAGAAUAGCCUAAUACUCAUCUAUAUUUAGUAACAAUUUCAGUUUUACAUGUUUUCUGUUUUCAUAUGGAUACUGUUAUCUAGUAAUUUGAGUGCCUUAUUUGCAAAGUCAGCCGAAAAGCAAGAAGAUAUUUCUAUGAAAAAUCCACAAAUAUAUUAACAUCCAUAAAUUCCUGACUUGUGGGAAAAACAUCACCCACGCUGACAUUUUGUACCUUUUUCUCCUUCUGAUCUUGUGUUAUUUCUGUGAGAGGACGUUAGCCGUGGAGAUGAGGAAAGUGACAAGUUGGUAG